AAAGACAAAACAAAAAAGGAAGUUCCAUUCCAUCCCCUCCCCUCCCCUCUAGUGCCCUUGCUGACCGAGAAAUCGAGAAUUGAAGGUCGGUCGACCAUGAAGAUCUAGGUCGAUCGCCGGCGGCUGAGUGGGGAACGAAAUGAGCGGCGGUCGAUUGUGCAGAUUGCUGGGCGAAUUGGGGUACCGAGGUGCUGAGUCUUUGGACCCUGACAGCUUCGAAUGGCCCUUCCAAUACGAUGACGCUCGCCCCAUUCUGGAAUGGAUCUGCUCCAGCCUCCGCCCUUCCAAUGUCCUCUCCCUCGCCGAGCUCUCCCAGUAUGAGCAGUUUCUGCAAGAAGGGAAGUUAUUGGAGGGGGGUGACUUGGACUCGGCUUAUGAUAGUAUUUCAGCAUUUUCUUCUAGCCGAGACAACCAGGAGGCAGUUUUUGGGGCUGAAGAAAGUUUAAAAGAUAUAAGGGAUGCGACUUUGGCAUAUAAGACUGAAGCUCUGGAGUUGCAGAGCCAGCUCAGCCAUCUGCAGUCUCAAUUCAAAAUGCUUACUGGCCAAGCAUCAACGUUGGUACAAGGAAGGCGUGCUCGAGUUGCUGCAACAUCUGCAGUUAAUGGGCACCUUACAACGAUAGAUGACAGUUUGUCAGCCAGAAACUUGCGCAUGAAUGAAGUGCUUGAAAGGAUUGCUUCUGCAGCAGAGGAGUUGGCUAAUUACCAUUCUGGGGAUGAGGAUGGCAUUUACUUGGCUUACUCGGAUUUCAACCCGUACUUGCUUGGCGAUUCUUCUUACAUGAGGGAGAUAAAUCAGUGGUUUUCUAAACAACUGGACACGGGUCCUUUCAGACUAGUUGCAGAGGAAGGAAAAUCAAAAUGCUCUUGGGUCAGUCUUGAUGACGUAUCAAAUGUUAUAGUAAGAGAUAUAGAAAUAUCACAUCAGCAGCGAGUAUCUGAACUGCAGAGACUUCGAUCUAUAUUUGGAACAAGUGAGAGACAAUGGGUUGAAGCCCAGGUUGAGAAUGCAAAGCAGCAAGCUAUUCUUGUGGCUUUGAAAUCUCAGGUUGCAUCUGAUGAAGCACACAUCCAUCUUGAUCUUCAUUCUCUCAGGAGGAAGCAUUCAGAACUGGUCACAGAACUCUCAAGCCUUCAUCACAAGGAAGAAAAAUUACUAUCUGAGGCAAUUCCAGAACUUUGUUGGGAGCUGGCUCAGCUCCAAGAUACAUAUAUUCUACAAGGUGACUAUGAUUUAAAGGUCAUGCGACAAGAGCACUACAUUACAAGGCAGAAACUGUUUAUAACUCAUCUCAUAAAUCAGCUAGCAAGGCAUCAGUUCCUAAAGUUAGCCUGUCAGUUCGAAAAGAAGAACAUGCUUGGAGCAUAUUCACUACUUAAAGUUAUUGAGUCAGAACUGAAAGGUUAUCUGUCAGCGACCCAGGGCCGAGUGGGUCGUUACUUGGCACUGAUUCAAGCUGCAUCUGAUAUUCAAGAACAAGGCGCAGUAGAUGACCGAGAUGCACUUCUGCACGGUAUCAGGGACCUUCUAAGCAUUCAUUCUAAUGUUCAAGCUGGAUUGUCGGCAUAUGUAUCAGCUCCUGGUAUUGUGCAACAAAUUUCUGCUCUUCAGUCAGAUUUGACGUCGCUGCAGUCUGAUCUUGAUAAUUCACUCCCAGAAGACAGAAAUAGAUGCAUCAAUGAGCUGUGCACGCUAAUACAAAGUAUGCAGCAGCUGUUGUUUGCAUCUUCAACUACUGCACAGCCGAUUCUUACUCCUCGAGCAUUGAUGAAGGAGCUUGAUGACAUGGGGAAGACCAAUGCUGAUCUAGCUGCUGCAGUUGAAGAAGUUACACUUGAACACUGCAAGAAGAACGAGAUAGUGAAGCAUCAUUCACAAGAAGUGGGGAUUCAGAGGCAAGUGUUUGUGGACUUCUUCUGCAAUCCUGAUCGUCUGAGGGAAAGAGUCCGAGAUCUAACCGUCCGUUUCAGAGCAAUGCAAGUAACUUAAACUGCCCCCCUAUCUUUUCUUUCCUUCAAUCAUAAUCCACUUGGUGUGUACAUGGUACAUUUUGUCUCCCAUCUUUUCGUUGAUUCUGAGUUGAAAAUAUCAUAAUCUAGAUUUGUAUGUUGGUCAUCCUCCUAAUCUGUUUUUUUAGUCUUAAUUAUACCACAAUUGAGAAAGAGCAUUAAAUGCAACUCCCCCAGAAGGACUCAGUUAUCAGAGUCUCGAUGUGGAAUCGUGAGCAACAACAAUCGACUUCGUUGCUUGAUGUUGGACUGUUUCAGGAGAGAAAGCAGUGAAAGUAAUUCCAAAGCAUGUUACUAGAAAUGGUGCUGUUAUUUUGAAUCGAACUUGUGGGUAAUUCAUCUAUCAUUAAUCUAUCCCAUAAAGGGAAGUAGUCAAAAUCUCACUUCUCCAGUAUCUACAUCAUCUCAUAAGAGAGCCUCCCAACUACAUGAAAACUAGUCAUUGGAGGUCCCAGAAGCAGUAGCAGCAGGAGCAAUGGCAGCCCUGCCGAACCUAGAUAACUGUCGUUGUUUGCCGCUGCUGCCACAGUGAAAACUGGGAGCGGAGUCGAAUCUGGGUUUCGUGGGCAAUAGGCCGCCAUUUUGCAACAAAGAAGCAAAUGGUUUCGGUUUCUGGGGCGCAGGAGCAGGAGCGGAGCUCGUCUUGUGAUAUCGACACCGGAAGGAGCCAGGGUGGGUGGAAGGAGAACAAAGGCAAGCCCUCCUCCCUGAUUUUGGUGUCUGAUCAGUUGCUGCUGUUGUUGUGGUGGUGGUGUUGUUGUUCCCGUUGGCUUCUCUCAUUGCUUCUUUGGUCUGCUUCCUCUCGUGUUUUUCCAACCUGAUCA